UUAGAGACCUGGACCGACCAGAUACCUUCUGGAGUGGGACCUGGAGCUGCCGGCUGGACUUGUGGGGCCGGAGCAGAAAUUCGGAGCGUAGGUCUUGCCCUCUGCCCCGUGACAGCUCUUAGCCGGAGGGUGCAUGGCAGCUGCCUGGAUUAGGGGUCAUAGCUGAGGGAAAGAAGACCAGUACUCCGAAUCUUCUCAUCCUCCAGGCAGCAGGCAUGGGAUGCACUCAGACUCCAACUUCUGCUGGCUUUGGUGGCCCACACGGACACAAGGUCUAUUUAUAGUUCUGCCACAGAAAGACCAGCCACCAAGCACAGGGUAGUCAGGGUUUUUUCAAGGGCUUUGGGGGCAGAGGCAAGAGUGGGAGAGGCCAGUCCUGUCUCCUUCCACAUCUUCCCUGGCCACCCCUUCCCGAUGUUCACUCUCCAUGAACCCGGGCAGUUCUGCGCAGUCUGGCAGAUAGCCUGACCCCGGGUCAAGGGCAAGGUCAGGGGUGCAGACCCAAUCGCAGACGGACACGGGCGAUCUUGUGGUCUGGGCAAGGGUUGCAUCAGCUCAACGAGCAGUGGCCCGGGGCAGAGGCCCUGAUGAGAGAGCAAAGGCUGACUUAGGUUGUGGGAAAACAGAAAAAGCAAUCGGAGAGUGGGUAGGCAAAUUUGGAAAGCCAGAGCCUCCCUGGACCUCCCCCGAGGGGCCAUUCCCACAGGUGGCCAAUGGUUGCUCGAACUUAGGCAGGGAACCUGCCUUCAAUGGUGGAAGCUCUAGACCAGAAGGCUCCUCUCUCCUGCCCGGGGUCGCCUUCUUCCCCUCUUGCUACAGAAAAUCCUCACUUCCUUCUAGCCCUAGCUGUGGGUGGCCACAUGCUGUGGAGAAGAAAGUCCUUCUGGCUGGCGGCGUUGUCAGCCUUCUGGCUCCUCCUCAUCCUCCUAGGAGUCUUCCCUCUUCGCCUGGCAGUGUCGCCCGGUCCUCCUCCCGGGCGCUCCCAAGGCUGGCCCCGCUGGCUGGAUGCUGCCUUCCUACAGAGUUUCUCCCAGUCUGAGACGAAGCCAGAAGAUGUCGCACAGCUCCCUCAAGUCUCCCGGGGGAGCAGCUGCACCUGGGGAGCCUGCUUUGACACCUCCAAAUGUAAGGGGAAGGUCCUCAAGAUCUUUGUGCACUCUCCGGCUGGUCCGAGCACUGAGACUCAGCGCAGGGUCCUGGACUCCCUGGAAGGCUCCCGCUACUCUGCCCGCAGCCCAGCAGACGCUUGUCUUCUUCUCUCUCUCCCGAGCCAGGACCAUAGAGGAGCAUGUGGGUCCCUGCCUCCCAACUGGAACGGAGGCCGGAACCAUCUGGUGCUCAGUCUCUCCCCAGCCCCUUGCACCAGGCUGGGACAGGCGAUGGUAGCUGAGGCCAGCCCCUCCUCAGACAUCUUCCGCCCGGGCUUCGAUAUAGCGCUCCCGUAUCUCCCCGAUGCUCACCCAUUGCAAGGUGGGGCUCCUGGCAGGUUGCAGCAGCACAGUCCCCAACCUGGGGCCACCUUACUGGCCGUGGCAGAGGAGAGAGGCAGGUGGCGGAUCACAAGUAUCCACGCCUCAGCCUGCCCCUGGGACAGACACUGUGAGCAGGACCCCGGACCUCGGCAGAUCUACCCAGAAGAGACACUUCCCAAUGCCACCUUCUGCCUCAUUCCUGGCCACCGGUCUGCCACCUCCUGCUUCCUCCAAGCCCUUCAGGCCGGCUGCAUCCCUGUGCUCCUCAGCCCCCGCUGGGAGCUGCCUUUCUCUGAAGUCAUCGACUGGACCAAGGCAGCCGUCAUUGCUGACGAGAGGCUCCCGCUGCAGGUCCUGGCUGCCCUCCGUGAAAUGCUCCCCUCGAGGGUUCUCGCGCUGCGCCAGCAGACCCAGUUUCUGUGGACCGCUUACUUCUCAUCGGUGGAAAAAGUCAUCCAAACUACCCUCGAGAUCAUUCAGGACCGGAUCUGGGGUGCAUCAGCUCACCCCUCACUCAUGUGGAAUAGCCCCCCGGGGGCACUCCUGGCUUUGCCCACGUUUUCCACGAGCCUUCAAGACUUCCCCUUUUAUCAUCUGCAACUGGGUUCCAGCCCUGGGAGGCGGUUCAGCGCUGUGAUCUGGGUGGGGACCUCUGGAGAGCCCCUGCGGAAACUCAUCCAGGAGGUGGCAGGUUCCCGGCACUGUGCCCAGAUCCUGAUUCUCUGGAACAGUGAGAAGUCGCCCACUGACAGGUGGCCCGAGACAGCGGUGCCCCUAACAGUCAUUGAGGGGCACAGGAAGGUCAGCGACCGAUUCUUCCCGUAUAGCAACAUCAGUACCAAUGUCAUCCUCAGCCUUGAUGCUCAGAGCAUUCUCUCUACUAGUGAGGUGGACUUUGCCUUUGAAGUGUGGCAUAGCUUUCCUGAGCGGAUGGUGGGCUUCCUGACAAGGAACCACUUCUGGGAUGAAGCCCAGGGUGGCUGGGGCUACAGUACUGAGAUAGCCAAUGAGUUCUCCAUGGUCCAGACCACGGCUGCCUUCUACCACAGGUAUUACCACACCCUCUUCACCCACUCCCUGCCUAAAACCCUGAGGACCCUGGCCGAUGAGACUCCCACCUGUGUUGACAUCCUGAUGAACUUCCUGGUAGCCACCGUCACCAAACUGCCCCCUAUCAAGGUGCCUUAUGGCAGACGGCACCCGGAGGCGACCCCAAUGGAUUCUGCGGGUCCACGACCCAUGCCCGAGCCGCAGUCCCUGGAUCAGGACUGCAUCAACCGUUUAGCAGCAGGAUUCGGCCACAUGCCUCUGGUUUCCUCUCGAGUGCGUUUGGACCCGGUGCUGUUCAAGGACCCGGUUUCAGUGCAACGCAAAAAGUAUCGCAGUUUAGAGAAGCCAUAGGCGAGGAGACGUGUACACCUGUCUGCUAGACACGAGAGAACCGAGCGAACCAACAGAGACGGAUCAAAGUCCUGUUCUGGUUGGCCAAUCACGACAGGGAUCCCGGAGAGCCGAGCCGAGGUCUUCCCCGACUGCAGUGGGGUUGCAUUUCGCACAGGCUGGUGCACAGGCUGAUCUGGUGCCCUGAGAUGCCUUUCUCUGCAUCUCUGCCUGGUCCAGGUCUAACCUGCACUCACCUCCUUGGAGUGAAGCCCUAGCAGGAUUCACGCUGAGUGGUGUGGCCUUGAGCACGUCACCCUGCCCCAGAACCGGCCGUCGAGCACCGAAGGGCGGGUCCCGCCCUCCUCUCUGGUCUGGCAGGUGCAUUGUAAAUAUUUGAGCAAUAGCUGCAAGAGUAUUAACUGAUUGCCAGCGUGGUAAACACGGGCCGAAUGCGCACGAGACAUAAUGCUGCCCCUUACUCUGGAGGUCCUGGUCCACGUAGAAAGCGGACACCAGGAUUUCCAGGCUCAAUCAAGCGUGAACAAAGAAGCCACGAGUCGGAGAUAACCAGAGGAUUGGGUGUUAUGUGCCAGCCUCACAGCAGAUGCCCGGUCUUGGGCGAUCAGCAGCACUGCACUACCAAUCUUGACCACUAGAGGUCAGCCGUUGCACUGCUCCUCCUCCGAAGGAAUGGAGUUUGUUUUUUGCUUUCUUGGCAUUUUGUUGUUUGUUUGUUUGUUUGUUUGUCUUUGUUUUUCAAGUAAGGGUUUCUCUGUGUAGUCCUGGCUGUCCUGGAACUCACUCUGUAUGCCAGGCUGGCCUCAAACUCACAGAUCCACCUGCGUUUUACUUCCUGAGUGCUGAGAUUAAAUUCAUGCCCAUCACCUCCCGGCUGCUUCUUGAACUUGGGGGGUCGGGAGGGGAGGAGGAGGAGACAAGGUCCCGGUAUGUAACCCAGGCUGGCCUGGAACUCACAGCAGUCUUACUGCCUCAGUUUCCCAAGUGUUAGAGUUACAGGCGUGAGCCACAAUGCCUGACUGAAUGGAGUUAAAGAUUCCGGUGUGUGCAGACCCCAGUAUGAAAACGUGGGAGGAAUAUGACAGAACUCCACUUUGGCCGGCCCACUUGUCGCUCGGGCUGUUGGCAGAUGGGCUGGUGGCGAGGAAGAGGGCUGUCCUCGGCGUCCUGUAGGUGAGAAUGGAUUGGGGAGGGGAGGCUGCUUUUCCUGGGUUCGUCCACCUGGAACUGGAAUUAUCGCUUCCGAAAUAAAGCACGUGGCCCACUCACGGCUCUGGCUAUAAA